CUACUCGUUUCGCUAUGCGUCAAAUGCCUUUCUCUCUCGAGGAUGAGAGAGACGGCACACACCCUCGUGCACGGCACAGGCAGGCAGAAGCGCUCCACCACACAGCCAUCCAAAGAGAUAUAUAGAUGUGGCGAGUGAGUCAAUAAAGCAGCCAAAGGCAGUCACACAUCGGCCUCAGCAUCACAUCAAAAUCGGCCAGCAGCGGAUCUUACCGCACCAGAUGAACCCACACCCACACCCAUCAGAGCCAACGUAGACCGACUGACACCCAUCAGAGCCAAGCCAGCCAUUCGGUCACACAUCAGCAGCAGCAGCUGUGUCUCGAAGAAACGGAUCGCCUUCAGAGAUGAUGACAGCCAGCACCCAGGGGAUACCCUCCUGACGACACACACACAUACACACACAGGGGGCAGGCAGGGCGACAUUCCCUCAUGGUGACAGAGGGACAUGUAUCGCUGCUCACCCACCAGCCAUUGACUGAGGGAUCCAUCGGCUGCACCUCAACUGCGCCACCGUCACCUGCCGAAGCCACGACACACACUCACACACGCGAAUGAAUUUGAUGGAUGUGGGGGCAUCUGUGGUUUGUGUGGCUGCCUUUAUCCACACCGACGGUGUCAGUAUCAUCGCCGCUGCCAUCGUCUGAAUCUGCACAUGCCGCACACAAACAGAGAAGGCCACUGUCGUUAUCUCGCAGCGCUUGAGCAUCAUCUUGUACUGCGCACACACCCACACACACACUGUGCAUCUCUGCUUCUGCAAAUCGCAGCUGCAGACGCACCCACAAGUGCGUUGUGUGUGCACCUGAUUGAUCGUGGGAGUCCCUAGUCGUCCUGCGGCACUCGUUGCACCUGAUUGGUCAUGCAGUCUUCUCUUGCUCCAUGGCCAACUGCCCGUACGUCUCUCGGUGGCCGCCGAAGCGGCCAAAUAUGCGUUAACACACAGACGAGAAGAGACACGAUGAAGUUCCUUUAGGGCCUUCCUUUCUCCCUCACCUACGCAGCGGCGGGCUGCCGGGGGCAGGCGUGGAUGAAGUAGGUGCAUCGGAGAUAUAAGAGGGAGACAGUGAUCCAUCUGCACACACACACACGAGACACAUACGCACGACCUGAUCAGUAUAGAAUACUUCGACAGCUCACCUUCGAUGUGCAAUUGGCGGGACAAUACAGUGCAGUUCAAAGUUGUCAUCGGCCGAUCUGCACACCACCCAUCCCCGGAGAGAGAACACAAGACAAGUAUCCCUUGUGUGUGUGCGUGUGUGUGUGUGUGUGUGCUGUUGGUCUGGCUAUGGCUUGUGACGGUGCCGUCAACAAGCGACGUACUGUUCUCCAACACACAUAAACACACGAGAUGACGUUGGUCGCCUUAGUAUUCCCCUCUGGUUCGCCAUGAUGUUGUCCUUUUCAGCAUGCCGCAACUUCAUCUCCAACAGCACAUUCAUCUGUGCGUCAGACAUCCCCUUGCUCUUCCGCGUGUUGUCAGCCUCGAGGUCACGCUGACAUGGAAGACACAGCUGCUGCGAGAAUGAGAACAAGAAGCCGAUCGAAUAUAAAAUGUAGGCAGCAAUUGAAGGCCUGCAGACAGACACACAGACAGACAGACAGACAGACAGGAAAGAAAUCAGUCGGUCUGUUUGCACUCGCCCCACACGUUGGCGUUCGUCCACGAGGUAAGUAUCCGUGUGGAGGGGGCCGCACGUGCUGGGGCGCCGUGCAUGUCAGGUGGCGUCGCACCUUGAGCAGGUUUGCAGCGUCCAUCGUGCCUUCUCUGGCGGCUCCUGCGCCCACGAUUGUGUGAAUCUCGUCGAUGAACAUGACAAUCAUCCCUUCGGCCUCCUCCACCUCCUUCAGGACCGUCUCGAGCCUCUUCUCAAACUCUCCUCGGAGCUCGGCACCUGAUCGAUGCGGUGCGAUGCGAUGCCUCCAAUGAAUGGCGGCAAUGAAUGGAUGGAUGGCGAUGUGAGCGGCUGGCUGGCUGGACGGCUGACCUUCAAUCAUGGCGCCCAUGUCGAGAGCUACAAGUCUCCUGUUCUUCAGGGAGUCUGGCACGUCACCCGACACAAAGUCGCCUCGGAACUCGGGCGAGGGGACGCACGGGCUCUCCUCCGGGCGGGACGAAAGGGGGGAAGCGGACACCGACGACGCCGGGAGGAUGGGGCUGGAAGGCGAGGCUGAAUGUCCUCAUCAUCCUCGUGUGAGUGCCGGCGAGCGGGGAGGUCACUCGCGCGGCGCCAGUGGAUCGACACACACGAUCGGCGUUUGGCCUCCUUCUCGAGCCUGCAUCCACACAAUUAGGAAACGACAGGCAGUUUGACGCAGUACUUCUCCGUGCGUGUCUUGAUUGAAGAAACGGUGCGCGCUGUAAUCAAAGGGGCGCAGACAGACAAUGCCGUGUGGAUAAUACAUGUAAGAAGGUUGGCGGCUUUUACUGACUUGCGGGCCCUUGGCCCGUGGCGUUGGGCAGCAGGCGUUGACGAGGUUUCCGCCUCCUCCACCUGCUUACAAUUUGACAACAACAAAUUGAGCUCAAUGCCUACCUGUCUGUGCGCCUCCGUGCACAAGAAUCGAAAGAAGAGACUUCAGAAUAUAAAAUGUAGACAACGAUUUCCAGGCCCGACUGCCUGCAGACAGACAGGUAUCUCAGUACAUGUCUCUGUCCUCUUUUGAGACACAGACGACCGUCAGACGUCAACACACGCAUUCCGGCGCUUGUUUUGUUUGCAAGCGCCUCCUUCUGUACUUGUCAAGUGCUGUUGGCGGCGGCAAGGGGCGUAGCUUGCUUAUAGGCGGCGGCCCGAGAGCAGGCGGUGCAGGUGGCUGGACGAAUGCGUGCUGUUCCUGCAUUGAAAGAACAACAAAGGACCAAUUGAUUCAUGAUCUUUUCUUCAUUUCCUUCCGCCCACCCGUCCGCGGAGAUUCACGUAAGCGGGACCAGGCCCAGUCUGCAAGGGGAGGGGGGGAGGGGUGAAAUGCAUCUUCCAUGCUCAUCAUAGAUCAACAGGUCUUUCUCUCUGACCCCCGCAGAUGGAUAUCCGUGCCUCGUUGGCGUUCGCCCACGAGGGGGAGGGGAGUUUGCGAGUGGCGGGGGCCGCACAGACUGGGGCGCCUGAGUGCCGUAGGGGGGGAGGGGACGCACGGGCUCUCCUCCGGGCGGGACGAAAGAGGGGAAGCCAACACGGACGACGCCGGGGGGUCGCACGGGUCCCUGAGGAGUGGGGUACGCGUGGAAGGCGGGGCUGAAUGUCGUCAUCAUCCUCGUGUGAGUGCCGGCAAGCGGGGAGGUC